GAGAUUAUUUUAUGCAGGGCAGUUGCAACUGUUUCAAUCAGUUCUUUUCAGUGCAAAAUUACUGGUGUCUUAUGUUCAUCCUGGAAAAGUCGUCGUAAAAAAAAAAAAAAAAACAAAUGUUAGAGGGGCUAAAAUUAGCUGGGAAGUUAGAUGCAAAUCCAAGUAACCAAGGCCUGGAACAUUGCUUGCAUAUUUUGGCAUGUUUGGGCUCUUUCUUGGAACUAUGAUUCAAUUUGGGUGGCCUGAAUUUAUGUUUAUCCUUUGAGAAGAACCACCUACUGGCAAGCAAAGGUGACAACUUUUGUAGUUGGGGUUGGAGGAAAAUCUUGAAACUAUGAGAUAUUACCCAAAAUCUGUUAACCCUAAACCCCUAAACUGUUAAUUACUGUUUAACGGUUAUUACAACCUGAGAUGAGCUCUUAAGCACGCUUUCUCUUUGCAAGAUGAGCGCAGUGCGCACCCAGUGCCAUUUAUCAGAAGGUCUGCGUUCUCCAUGUUUCUCGUCAGGGUCAGUUAAGAUUCCAGUUUGCGUGAAAUUUUCUGCAACUAUAAAACCUGUCUACCUUUAUAUUAAUACUGUACCCAAACAAAGCUUUGCCUUAACUCGUCACUUAACUCAGCUUGUCAAACCUCCCCACUCGCUAUCAAUGUCUGACAACUCUAGCUGCAUGAAUGGAGCUUAUGCUGAGAUUGUGGUGGUGCGACAUGGAGAAACGGAGUGGAAUGCUGAUGCAAGAAUUCAGGGUCAUCUGGAUGUGGAUCUAAAUGAAGCUGGGAAACAGCAAGCAGCUUCAUUAGCUGAUCGACUAUCAAAGGAGCCUAAAAUAUCUGCUGUAUAUUCAUCUGAUUUAAAGCGAGCUCUUGUGACAGCUGAGACGAUUGCAGCUAGGUGCGGUGGGUUACAGGUUAUAACAGAUGCAGACCUAAGGGAGAGAAAUUUAGGGGAUCUUCAAGGCCUCAUAUUACAUGAAGCAGCCAAACUUAGUCCCAAAGCUUACAAGGCCUUUUUAUCGCACAGGACAGAUCAAGAUAUACCAGGUGGUGGAGAAAGUCUUGACCAGCUCUAUCAUCGCUGCACAUCUUCAUUGCAAAGAAUUGGUAGGAAGCAUAAAGGAGAGCGAGUUGUUGUGGUUUCCCAUGGUGGUGUCAUUAGAUCACUAUACAAGCGAGCUUGCCCAGAUGGAAAGCCUGGAGGGAAGGUGCUUAAUACAUCUGUAAACAUAUUUCACUUGUCUGAUGAGGAUUGGACUAUAAAAACCUGGGGUGACGUUAGUCAUCUCGAACAAACAGGAUAUCUGAAGUCGGGUUUUGGGGGUGACAAAACAUCUGGGAGGUGGAGAAAGCUUAGACCAACUGUGCUACAUCUUCAUUACAAAAAAAAUGAUCAGAAACCCGCAGGUAAUUAUUAUGUGAUUUGUGAAAAGAAACUUGAACUCUCAAAAUGUAACCAAGUUCUAGAACAUAUUACUUUCACUUUUACCUGUUUUACUUACUUGCAAGUUCCAUUUACCAUUAAACCUUCUGGUGUGACUUCGUUUGCCUAGAAAAUUUCUACUUUUACCAGACACUGCCUAUGUUUCUGGUUUAAAUUUUCUGAAUUAAUUGUUGCUUAUUUUCACUCUACGAGGGGGGACUUGCUCAAAGAGGUUUAGGGGGAGUAUACUCAAUACCUCUGGAAACAUAUAUGUCACUUAUCUGGUGAUGAUGUUUGGACCAUAAAAACCUUUGUGAUAUCAAUCAUCUCAACUAAACAGGACAUUCCAAGUCUGGUCUAGGGGGUAAUAAAACAUCUAGUUAGUUCUCACUUGAAUACUUGAUGAGCUUAGCAUUUUUCCAUCAGGUUAUUCAAGUCGAAUAAAUUAGCAAUGUCGCCCAACUGAUUAGAAAUGAGAUGCUUCGCCUAAUUCAGGCACUCUCUAAGGAUUCUAGAGUAUGUUCAACGUAAUCGUAAAUGUAUACGUACAAGGUUUGAAAACUUUGAGACACGGACUCCUCAUCGGCAACAUAUGCCAACCCUGGAUGGAAACAACUAGUCUUACCUUACAUAAAAGUUUGUACUAAAACUUAUGCAUAACUGACCAAAAAGUGCAAACCAUGCAAACACCAGAUAGGGAAACCAAUCUGCUGUACUGUAUUUUCUAGUAGUUGCAAGCAG